AUGGCAGGCCAAGAGGAUGCUGCCUGCCCGAGCGUCUGGUACGGGCGUGUGAAAUGUGGAAUGCUCGUUUUCUGGAUCUUCUUCACAGGAAUAGACCUGUGGAUGUGGCAUUGGAACCAAUCGCCGCUGUGGUUGCUGGCUUGCCUGGCGGUGACGAACGGAUGGGGUUGGCUGGAUGCCGUCCUGCGAUAUCCCGUCCUCCAUGACAUCGACAGCCCGUUCACGCUGAAGAAUCUGCUCUUGAUUUUGGCGAAGAUCUGUUGGCUCAUCACGGUUUUCCUGCGGCACAAGUCACACCCGGUCUCUUUCGUCUUGUGUUCCAUGCUGGCGAUCGUCGUACCGAUGUUUUACGCGAUGCUGCUGCCACUGGAUGAGACCGAGCAGGUGUACAACCUGAUAAAGUCUAUGUACACGGACGAGGACAUCCUCGUGCGCUGCUGGCGCUUCUUAAGGAAUCCCUGGCAAACGAUGGAGGCCUGGAACAGGCAGCGCCACAGAAUAAUCAAACGAGGCUGCGAGGAGAUCGCCGAGCGAUCCCCGACGGUUGCCGCGAAGCUCGGAGAGCUGAGCCCGACGCGAAGAGCGAUGCUGCGCAAACCCGGGCAUGGUGAUGCAAACACGAAUCCUCGCUGUGCGACUGUGACGCGAAGCCAGCUCGCCAUGUUCGCUGCUGAGCUGUCGUACACAUCGCAGGAACCAACGCAUGUCGGCCGCCAUGUUCUGCAUUUGGAUGCAUCGCACGGUGAGCAAUCCGUGAUAGGGUGUGGCGCUUCCGCACUCUUCGCCCAUCUUGCCAAGCUGUAUCCAGAGCUGGAAGUGCAGCAUGUCCACUUGUGGGAGGAGGCCACUCGGAAGGAGAUGGAGUACAACUUAGAGCAUGUCAAUGCCAAAAUGGCAAUGCUGGCAGGAAGCGGAUCUGAGGAGACCAUGCAGCAGUUUGCCGGCAUUGAGGUGCUUGCGAAACAGCUUGCAACCGCCAGAGGUCUGGUGGUGUCUGCUCCCAUGUGGAACUUCGCGGUGCCGUAUGUUGUAAAGCAGUACUUCGACUGCGUGCUUCAUCCAGGAUUGACGUUCAAGGAAGUCAGUGCUGGCCCCUCUGGACUGCUGGGUGGCGGCCGCCCAGUGGUUUUGCUGACUUCGUCAGGCGGUGCUGCCGCGAAAGACUACCUAACUCCAUGGAUAUUGGACGUUGCAGCCAUGGCUGGCUUUGACAGACCUAAAGUGGUUUCAGCCACUGGUCUCGUCAGCAGAGACCGUGUGACGGCCAUCGAGGUUUUCCGCAACCAAGCAGAAGCUGCGGCGGAGCACCUUUCUCUCCAACCGGGAACAGACAGGUCAACCAAGUCGCUGGACGAAGAGAUUUCCUCCGCGUGUGGGUACGAGGAGCUUCGAAGUUGGUUGGAGAGCACUGGCGGCUUGAGCUCCGACUGCUUGGACUCUUUGGAGGCGGCACGCGUCAGCGGCGAACUGUUUCUAUCUGCUUCUGACCACGACUGGCGUGACGAAGAGCUGGGUCUCGAAGAGGCUGACAUCGCGCGUCUGCAAGAGCUGCAGAAGCUCUUCCGUGAACAGGCUCGUGAAGAAGACUGA